AUGGAGCACAGCGGACGCGAACGCGCCGGCCCCGGCUUGGGAUGGGCCCGACUGGGCCUGGCCGGGGCCUGGCCGAAGCUGGCGGCGCCCAGCGCGGCGCCCGCCGGCGGCUCGUCCCAGGCGAGCCCGCCCUUCUCGUGGCUGCGCGUGGUGUCGCAGCUGCUGUCGCCGCUACCCGCCCUCCUGCAGCGGCUGCUGCCCGGCGCCGCGCUCAGCUCCGCGCUGUGCCCCGCCAAGGCACCGCCGCCGCUGGUGCUGCUGCCCAGGGCGGACACUUCGCUGGACUGGACCGAGGAGAAACUCCCGGAGAAGCGGCCGGAGCCGCCGGCGGGGCUGUGGGGAGCAGGGCUGGUGAGGAACAGCCUGGGAGCCCUUCCCGUGGAUUGGUACGUGCUGGGCUUGGAGCAGGGCAAGAGCCACCUGCCGCAGCCCCUGCGAGCCGAGGGCUUGCCGGAGGUUGAAUUCCUGCGCAGCAAGCGCCUGGCGUUCCUCCAGCGCUGGCAUCUGCCCGUGCCCGACCCCGACCACGGCUACCACAGCCUGGAGGAGGAGCAGCAGCAGCAGAACAGGGGUGUGUGCCUGGAAAUUGGGGAGCAGCGCGGUAAUAACGGGGAUUUAGAGCAGGCCGAAGAUGCGGGGAUUCAGCCCGGAGGUGUCCCCGAGGAGCAGGAGGGGAUCCGGGGUGCGGCUGAGGAUGGGGAAGCCUUGGCUGGAGAGGAACGUGAGGACUCGGAAACGGAGCAAGACUUCCCGAUUUCCACCAGACCUGUCUGUGCGAAUAAAUUAAUUGAUUAUAUCAUCGGGGGAGUAUCCAGCGGCGAGGAGAGUGAGGGUGAGGAAGACUGGGAUGAUGGUGAUGAUGAUGAAGAUGAUGAUGACGGGUUUGACAGCGAAGAGCUGCCCUCCGACUCAGACGCCGGCAGCCAGGACGGGGAGAGGCUUCAUCUGUGGAAUUCCUUCUACAGCUUGGAUCCCUACAACCCUCAGAACUUCACGGCCACCAUCCAGACCUCUUCCAGCGAGCCGGGAAAGGGAAUGUCGGACAUGGAGGAGGAGGAGGAGGAGGAAGACUCAUGGGCAGAGUCCUCUGAGGGCUCGCCUAGUUCCGAUGAGGACGAGUGGGACUGUGAGAGCGUGGAUGAGGCGGAGAGCUUGAAACUUUGGAACUCGUUCUGUAGCUCGGACGAUCCCUAUAACCCUUUGAACUUCACGGCGGCUUUUCAGCCAGCGGAGAAAAAAGGGACGCCGGGUUUGCAAGGGGCAGAGAGGGCGAGUUCUGCCCCCUCGGAGCAUUUCAGCGUGUGCAGGGUCCAGCUGGAAAAACACAACUGCGGCAGCGCCGAGCUGGGGCAGAGCAGCGAGAAAACUGCGAGCUCCAAGCGGAAGAAGGUGACAUUCCACGAGGAGGUGACCGAGUACUACAUCAGCAGCGAGGAGGAUCGCAGGGGGCCCUGGGAGGAGCUGGCUCGCGACGGCUGCCGCUUCCAGAAGCGCAUCCAGGAGACUGAGGAGGCCAUCGGCUUCUGCCUGAGCCCUGAGCACAGGCUGAGGGUGUUCCAGAGGCUCCACAAACCCCAAUCCCACAGGACUGACCCCUUCUAGAACCUUCCACCUCCUGCCGUUCGCCCCACCCUUCAAUCCGUGAAAUCUCAACCGCACGCGGCAGCUGCGUGUGCUGAAACGGGGAGAAAAAUGGAGAAAAAUGGAGAAAAAUGGGAUUUUUUUCCCUUUUUUUCCCCCCCCUGAUUUGAUAUUCAUUUGAUAUUGUCUGGCAGCUGCAUGUGCAGAAACGGGGAGAAAAAUGGAGAAAAACGGGAUUUUUUUUCCCUUUUGUUUUCCCUGCAUGUGCUGCAACGGGGAGAAAAAUGGGAUUUUUUUCCCUUUUUUUUUUCCCUGCAUGUGCAGAAAUGGGGAGAAAAAUGGGAUUUUUUUUCCCCUUUUUUUUUCCCUGCAUGUGCUGAAACGGGGAGAAAAAUGGGAUUGUUUUCCCUUUUUUUUUCCCUGCAUGUGCUGAAAUGGGGAGAAAAAUGGGAUUUUUUUUUUCCCCUGGUUUGAUACUCAGAAAUUGUUAUCUGGCAGCUGCAUGUGCAGAAAUGGGGAGAAAAAUGGAAAUUUUUUCCCCUUUUUUUUCCCCCCUGGUUUGAUAUUCAGAAAUUGUUGUCUGGCAGCUGCAUGUGCUGAAACGGGGAGAAAAAUGGGAUUUUUUUUCCCUUUUUUUUUCCCUGCAUGUGCAGAAAUGGGGAGAAAAAUUGGAUUUUUUUUCCCUUUUUUUUUCCCCUGGUUUGAUAUUGACAAAUUGUUGUUUUGAUAGCCCUGGAGCUCCCUGAUGGGCUGCUCUAAUUGCAUUCCUGUUAAUUAGCACUUGACACACACAACCAGACUGCUUGGGCUUCAAUCCAUUCCCAAAAAUUGCCUUUUCCUGCCGUACCUUGGGAAGUGUGGGGACUGUUCCUUUGGAUUUUUGCACUUUGGAAAACAAAAAAAAAAAACAACAAAAAAAAACAAAGCAAAACCUAUUUUGAAGGAAAUAUUUAUGGGAAUUGCAGUUUUGAUUUCAAAUUCCCUGAGGGAUGUGCAGCUGAAGGGUUUUUAUUUUUGUGUUUCUCUAUUUUUCCAGCUUCUCCAAAAGCCUCAUUUUUAAAAAUUUCUUCCUUUAAGGGAUUUUUUUCCUUUUUUUUUUUUGCUUGGAAUAAUAAUUUAUUUCUAAAAAUUCCUUCCUUUAAAAGGAUUUUUCCCCACUUUUUUUUUUUUGCUUGGAAUAAUCCAUUUUUAAAAAUUCCUUCCUUUAAGGGAUUUUUUUUCCACUCUUUUUUUGCUUGGAAUAAUAAUUUAUUUUUAAAAAUUCCUUCCUUUAAAAGGAUUUUUCCCCCACUUUUUUUUUUUUUUUUUGCUUGGAAUAAUCCAAUAUUUGAGUUUUUCUGGAGCUUUUGGAGGUUUGAAUAUUCCAGCCAAGCUUUGAUUUCAAUAAUUCCCUUUUCCAGGAUUAUUCCAAAAGGUUCUGGCUACUUGUCCAACAAAUUUCCUGAAUUUCCUCAUCCCAAUUAAUAAUUCAAACUUAAUGAGGCUGUGGAUGAUGCUUGAAUUUAGGGAGCAAAAUUCCUGAAUUAUUUAAUUAAUCUUUGCUGUAAUCCUGCUUUGGGAGAGGGAUUGAAGUGAAUUUUGAUUUCCAAUCUGCUUCUCCUGAUAAUUUUCUUGAAUUUAAGGAAAUUACCUUGAAUUUCAAGAAAUUUAAAGACAAAAAUUCCUGAUUUUCUUUCCCAAAAAUCAGUAUUAACUCUUUAUGUCUGCACUGGGGUCACCAAAAAAAACAUUUCAGUGAGAGGACAAAACUCUUUAUUUAUAUUUUAAUUUAAAAUAUUACAUUAUUUAAUCAAAAUCCUUGAGGGAAAAAGGGGUUUGGAGCUGGAGGUUGCUGUGGGAAUUUUCCAAGCAGGGAAAAUAAAAAUGGAAAAAUUCCAAUGUUUGCACAAAGUUGGGUCAAUAAAUCAAUUAUUUGUUCAGCUGGCCAGAAUAAUUUCCAUUUGGUAGAAGAAAAACUUGAUUAAAGUGCUUUAAAUUUAUCCUGAAUUUUCAUUUUAAUCCAGUUUUUAAUUUGGAAGAAAAUUGUUAAUUCCUGCUUUAUCCUAAUUGAAAAUCCCAGAAUUUUUGGAUUUUUUCCUUUAUUUUUUUGCAGGAAAUGCUUCUUGAAAUUAAAAAAUCCCUUUUUUUUUUUGGUUGUGCAAUUAGAAAAAUUAGGAGAUUAAUUAAAUUAAAGCUGUGUUAAUUCAAAUUCCAACAGUUUGCCAUCCUAAAAAUUUGAUUUUUUUUCCUCAAAAAAAAAUUAAAAAUUUCUCACAUCCUGAGGAAUCCACUUGGAAUUUUUGAUUUUUUUUUUUGAGAAUUUUUUUCACAUUGGAUUUGUUUUUUAAAAACCAACAGAAAUUGGAAUUCCAAGAAGAAAAAAAUGUGAAUUUCUGAUCAUUCCAAGGCAAACACACAACAAGAAUUUUCCCAUGGAUUUCCCAGUUGGUUUUUCCCAUGGAUCUCCCGAAUUUUGGGAUUUAUUUUUGGGAUUUAUUUUUGGGAUUUAUUUUUGGGAUUUGUUUUUGGGAUUUAUUUUUGGGAUUUGUUUUUGGGAUUUGUUUUUGGGGUUGUGGUGCUUCAGUUCUUUGUGGACAACUCGAAUUUCUUGGUGCUCAGGAGAACCUUGGGAAUGCUGGGAAUCCAAAACUGCUUGGAAAAAUUGGGAUUUAAUGAAGGAACUUGAAAGGGUUUCAAGUUCCAAAGGGUCCAAACCUUGGGAAAAAUUUAAAUUUUUAAAUCAAAAUUCCCAUGGAUGAGUUUCCCACUCCUCCAACCUCAUUUUUUCCAGCUGUUCCAUCAGAAAAUUGAAUUUAAUUACCACCAAACCCAUCCUUAAACACCUCAGAAUUCCUUUUUUCCCUCUAAAAUUCCUUUAAAAAUAUAUUAGAUAUAAAACUUGGAGGGAAUUAAAUCAAAACUGUGAUGUUGCAGAUUUUUAUUUUUGUAUCAUUUUGGGGGGGAGAAAAAGUUUGGAUUUGGCUUUCUAUGGAUUUUCUUUGAUUUGUGGCUGCUUUGUUGGGUUUUUUCUACCUAAAAAAAAAAAAAAAAGAAAAAUUCUAUUUCUGUACAUAAGAAAACUAUUCAGGACUAAUCUGUGCGUUGUAAUAAAGAGAUUUGCAAGAUAAAA